AUGGCCACUCCCUCCCCUCGAACCACCAUUUCCAACACACAGCAUUCUGCACAUAGCUCCCAGUUUCUACUCAGCAGGCUGAGCGAACCGCGGCUGUCCGAGGCGGAGCGGCAGGCGUGCGAGGCCCAGUGGGCCGACAGGAGCCUGUUUGUGACUGAGCUGCUUCUGUCCACGCUGCUGCCCGACGACGACGCCUCGGCUUCCUCCUCCGAGGACGAGGACGACUGUCAUGGCUCGUUGCGGAAUUUCGCUGACUUCGAGGCCAUGGGCUGUGUUGAGGUCAUGACCUUGGACGUGGCACUGGAGAACCUCAACCUCAAGGAGAUGACCCCGGCUCCCAAGACGACAAAAACGACGACUAAACCGGCACCAACGAAGAAAGAGCCUCCCGCGCCGCCCCUUUGAUGACAUGGCCACUCCCUCCCCUCGAACCACCAUUGUAACUGGCUGACGACGGGGUCAGUCCAACUGCCAAUGGAUGACAAAAAAGACUGCAGUUCUUUUUGGCUUUGUUUUAUUUUUAUUUUUUUUUUCUCAGUGAUUGUCAUUUCAGCUCUGUCGCUCCCCACUCAACCCCAUGUUUAUUACUUUGUGUACAUUGAAUAAAAGUAGUGAGACGAGAGAAUGUGAAAGCAAGCAAGUGUGGUGGGUGCGUGAAAGAAAGAGAAAAAUAACUAUAUAAAUAUAUUAUAGAAAAAUAUAUAUGAAAGUUGAUAAUCAAUUCCACAUAACCCGUGUUUCCUCUAGCAGAUGAGCAAAGCGUAGUUAGCCGUUUAAGAGACAAACACGUCACACACUCACCCAGGGAGAGGAGGCAGACGGAAACCUCUCGGAUAAAAACGCUGCUGUGUAUUUAUAGUUAUUAAUUAAAGAAGUGCUUGGAUGGUUUACCACAACUUAAGCAUGAGCUUAAAUCACCAUGUGCCCAUUUUUAACUGCACAGUCACUAUAUGGGGAGGUGUUUCUCUGAGUAACUGUAAAUUAAGGGUGCUGAGUGCCACAUCUCUGGCAUCUUCUGCACCUCACAGACACACAGACACAGACACAGACACACACACACACACACACACACACACACACACACACACACACACACACACACACACACACACACACACACAGAUAUUGCCGCGUUUGGUUACGUUCAUGUCCAGUCUCAACCCCUCCCCCUUAUGUGACAUCACCUGUUUUGGGUCAUGUGACCUUGCUUUAUAUCGACUGUGGGCACUUUGGUUUUAAAUUGCAUAUCCAGUGUCCAUUUGUGUACACUACAGAUGCUCUACAUAAAAGGCGUUACACAACCCGGAGGCAGACAGAGAUGAAACAGUCUCUUCAGCGUGACCAUUUUCAGGCCUUUUCUAAUAUGGAAGAAACACAUACGGUUGUUUGUCUUUGUUUUUUUUCCCUCUCUCUCUAUUUUACAGAAGACCAGAAGCUACUUUCUCAAGUUUCCCGUGAUCUAAAAUUAAUCUUCUCUCCCAUUACUCAUGAAUGCAAAGAUUACUUAUCAUGUGACUUGAAGGAGAGAAUCCUGUAUCGCUCUUUCAAUUACUUUCUCUCAGUCAAAAAAAGAUCUUUGUUAUGCCUCCACUGCUACCUGAAGAAAUGCAAUGUAUGUUUUUGGCUCAGCGAACAAGCCAAAUCACAGGGUAAACCUUUCAGUUUGGAGGACAAUAAAAAUGUUUUGGAUGGAAACAAACUAACCCAA